AUGCUGCUGACUAUCAUCACUGCUUCUGCUCUGUUCCUCAGCUCCAUGGCUCACAACAAAUGUGCCAGCCUAGUGGAGACCAACACUGUUGCACAGCUCAUCCAAAAGCUGGAGGCCACGAACUGCUUCUGUCUUCCCAUCUCAUCUGAGAACUGUACAACACCAUGCUUCCAGGAGGGGCUGGCUCAGUUAACCAACAUCACAAUGGGAAAGGAUUUCAACCUGAAUUUCCAGCAGGUGAAAAAAAGAGUUGAAUUUCUACAGAAGAAUAACUGUCCGGUCUCAGCCCCACUACUGCCCACCCUUCUCUUCACCAACAUCCUCACUCCCUGCUGGUUUCCGGUGCAGUGGCUUCCAGGACUGCUGGGUCUGUUUUUUUCCUGUGACCACCGGUGCAGUCAAACCACAACAGUCAACACCCUGACAUUUCUGAAGCAUCUCUUGGAAACUUUCCAGAAACAAAACAUGAGAAACAAAGUGUGA